CAAAGUCAGUAUUUUGUAUGUUGUGGUUUUUUCAAAUUGUAAAGUAAUUUCGUCAAAAUUAUUUUGUAGACUCAUCAACACUCUAAAUUUAUCUUGGAUAAAUUAUUAUGAGUGAGCUUCCAUCAUACCAGCCAGGAGGAAUAACUACAAUGAAUACUACGCCGGUGGUCUUGAACAAGGGCUCUAUGCGCAAGUAUGAGGACCUGGAGGUCCCGUGCGAUGCGAUCCUGGCCAGCUAUGUCUGGGUGGACGGAACUGGGAUCAACUUGAGGUCUAAGGACAGGACUUUUGACUUCAUUCCGAAAACUCAUAAAGAUUUGCCCAUCUGGUACUUCGACGGCAGUAACACGGCGCAAGCGAAUCCCGACAACUCGGACACUUUCAUUUUCCCCGAAGUAAUUUACCACGACCCAUUCAGACGGGGCAACCAUAUAUUGGUUCUGGCGGACACCUACCAGCACAAUUAUCAACCGACCUCUACAAAUUACAGAAAGAACUGCGUGAUGCUAUGCGAGAAGGGCGAGGUAGAGGAGCCGUGGUUUGGGUUUAAUCAAGAAUUCUUCUUGACUACGACGGACGGGCGGCCGCUCGGCUGGCCGGCGGGCGGUUUUCCCGCGCCGCCCGGCCCGUACUACUGUGCUACGGGGGCCAACAAGAUCGUAGCAAGGGACCUCAUGGAAGCGUUCUACAGGUGUUGUCUAUAUGCGGGCCUUCAACUUAAUGGCAUCAACCCGGGCACUACGCCUUCUCAGUGGAAUUUCCAGGUAGGCCCGAGUCCAGGACUAAGAGGAGCCGAUGACCUGUGGAUGGCGCGAUACAUCCUGGCACGACUGGCGGAAGAAUAUGGCACGGUAGCCACGUUCGAGCCCCAGCCGGUGCCGGACUGGCCCGGGAAUGGCACAUUCGUCUAUUUCUCCACAAAGGACAUGAGAGUGGACGACGGCAUACUAGUGAUAGAGCGUGCCAUAGACAAGUUGGCGCGUCGUCAUGGUGCCCAUAUCAACGAGUAUGACGCGAACAACGGCGCGGACAACGCCAGGCGGCUCACCGGCAAGAACGGGAUGCCGCACAUACGGGACUUUACUGCAGGUGUGGCCAACCGAAGCUGCAGUGUCAGGAUACCCCGCCAGGUGUCGGAGGACAAGCGAGGGUACCUGGAGGACCGCCGGCCCGCCGCCAACGCCGACCCCUACCGCGUCAUAUCCAUCAUGCUGCGGACGUGUAUAUUUGAUGAAUAGACCGAACAGGUUUGGGUUACUAGCGUUUUGAUGCAUGAUAUUCUCGUAUGUUGUGUUUCAGGACCGUAUCUUUCUUGACACUAUGUGAUUGAGUCCGAGGCCCUUAUUAUGAAACGACGUUCAAAAGUCGAUUCAAACCCAAUUAUUUACCUGUCAUUAACUUAAGUUUUAAUUUACUUUUGAGCGCUAUUUGUUAAUAUGGGUCUAAAUGUUUUGUUUUGUUAGGAACAGUGUGUGUAUUUGUAAUAAACUUGUUGAUUGACUCGCAAGCAAAGUACCUACUCAGGGAAAUGCUGACGCGCUAAUGGGUAAACAUAUUUUGAAAAGAUUCUUUAACUUGCCCCAAGACGUUUCUCCAAGGUCAACAGUUUUGAUGGCUUUUUAAUUAAAUAUCUGAAGUUGAGACGCGAUCGAUAGAUUUUAUAAUUAAUUAUAUACAUACUUUGAUAACUUGUAAUUGUAAUCCGUUAAUUAAACUGGGAAGAGCAAUCACAAGGGUUGUAAUUAAAAUUCUGGGCUUUAGUUACGAAUGCUUUCAAAAUCCCUAAAUUUGUUAUUAUAGACCUUUUUGAUUGUGUUACGUAAUUGUCAUUCUGUCAUGUACAUUUUAUUACAA